ACAUUUUCAAGAGUGAUAACAGUCGUUGUUAUCGGAUGUGAAUGUGAAAAUCUUUUAUUCAGUAUUGAAAAUUGAAAUGAUUAUGUUUUAUAUUUCGAUGGCUCGAAAGAGUAGUAUUUUUGGUGUGAAAAUGUUACUGUAUUCUUAGUUACAAAUGUUCACUAACUUCAAUGGGGUCUUUAGUUUUGGAUGUACUGCGAAAAGGAAUUUGGUCAUCUUUCACUGGAGGAUGGUAUUAUGAUCCGAGCAGUGCCACUUUUACCAAUACUUUCCACCUUUAUUUGUUCUUAUUUUUCCUUUGUUUUCCAUUUAGCGUUUAUGUGUACUUACCUAGAAAUGCUGUCAAUUGGCUAAUAUACACGUCCGUUGUGGCAUGUGUAUUUGUGGCCAUAAAGUUAAUUAAUAUCGGCCUACAUCGUAUGUUCGAUACUUCGGAAUGUAUCAUAGAAGAACCCUCAUCUAUAGAUAUUACGUUAGAGUGUGAUAAAAGAAAACCAAGCCAGAAGCCCGAAACGAGAGGCGAAGAAGAAGGCAUCGAACUGCAAGUUCUGAGCAGCGAUAAAAAACGUGAUAAUCAAAAUGAAAAUAAUUCUUCCUUCGGUAGUUUAGAAUUCGCUGAUUUCAACGCGACAGCUAUUAAAGAUGAUGUCCAAGCCACCACCAGUGGAACCAUAGAUUUGAAAGUCGACGUGCAUCGUAAAAAUAGCUCCGAUAGUAGCGAUGGCACUUUUUUCCGAAGUGAUAAAGUCAUCGUCGUCGAUGAAGUUAGCCAAGAAUCUUCCAAAGAAAAAAUUUCUAGCGUUGGCGAACAACGAAUUCCCGACGUAACAAGCUCCGAAGAAGUACUCGUAGGGAAGGAUUUAGAUGGAAAAAAUGUUAGAAAAAGGAACCUAGGCGUGAAAGAAGGCGCAGCUCAAGAUGGCUCUUCUACGACAGUUGAUGUUUCGGAUAAUAGUCGAGGUCGUCUAUCGGAAAGAAGUCGUCAGUAUUCGGUUAGUGUCACAUUGGGCGAAGGUAAAGAAGAGAAUACCAUCAACGAUCCUACUCCAGCUCGAUCUAUGCAACUCAAUUCCGAACUAGAAGCUGAUUCGAACAAAAGCCCCGGUGAUAAAGGAUUACUUUACUGGAAACAAAAAUGGGCUAAAAAUCCUCGUUAUACUCAUGGCCGAGUAAACGCGACAAUGCCUCCGGAAAUCUCCAUUUCCGGUACAUCGCGUCGUUCCAGUAGUCCGUUAUCCAUCUACACCAGCGACAUCGUGUAUCCGAUUGCUGAGCAUUCAGACGAACAACCUAUUUCCAGUAUUAAACGGUCUUCCGCUCAUAGUGACGAUGACGACGAUGACGAUGAAGAUUACGUUCGUAGGAAUAAUCAAGACGAUGAUGAUAUGUAUGGUGAUAUCGACGAUGAUCCUGAUGUCGAAAUGGAUAGUAGUCAUUCUCCUCUGUUGUCAGCUAAACAUAAUUCGUCCACUGAUAACAACGGAUCUUCCUAUAAUAUCGCUUCGUUUAAUCGUAAGAAACGUUACGUUGAUUCGUUAACGAGAAAAUACAGGCAUAUGUUGAAGAAUCGAAACGAAAGUGAAAUUGAUGAUAUGUUUACCAAAUCUAAUGCUCAAUGCUCCGGUGAUCAGAAUCAAAUCGAAUCUUUAUCGAAAGACGAAGACGAGCAAGCUGAGGAUUACAAUAACGAACCUCCCAGUGAAGAUGAUGAUCAGAUUGCUGCUAUUUUUGAUUGGCUGUUUUCUCAAAAUGGUAACGAACGAGGUUCUACGUCGGAAAAUUUAAACCGUACGCCUUCAGCCAAAGAAUUAAAAACAUCGAAAAAAGUCAAAAAAUUAGAUCCAUUGGAAGCUAGAAUGAAAGAAUUCGAAGAACUGAAAGCUAAAUAUCCAAAUUAUUUGCAUGCAACCAAAUCUCAGUCAAAAUUCUCAUCAACGCCAACUUUAGCUAGUGGUAGUGAAAAAUCGCACUCGCAUAGGCGCCAAAGAAGCGGAACAUGUUCGCAACUCGAAAUAAACUUAACGUUACCAGAGAACGAGCGUAAAAGCUCGCUCAACGAAGUAACCGGGCAAUGUAGUACAUCGGUUGACGUGUACACAUCGACGGAAGACCAAAAAUUAGAAUCAGGUUGCCCUAGAACGACCGAAAGUAACGAAGCUUCUUCGUCCGGUUCAAAUAAUGAGUUAAGUUCGUUAUUACCUUUUCCUUGCGUAACUCCUUAUAUAAAUUCUCCUAGUUCUAUGCAUUUCUAUCACGGUCGUCGAACUGCACUGAGAUACGAUAGCCGAAAUAAUCGUAAUAGACACAGAAGACAAACGCGAAGAAGUCGAUCUAGUAUUCGUGAAGCGUUUCCGUCAGCUUCGUCUAUGCAAACCACUCAUCGCGAACCGAAUGAUUUUACCAAUUUUGUAAGGAAUCUGUGCCGAAGCGAAGCGGCUGAUUUGGAUGGCGCGUGUACCCAUAUUGCUACCUCGUACGAUGAUACUACCGAAGGAGCUGUGCAUAUUUUUCAAGAUGAAAAUGGACAGUGGAUGUCUUAUACGUUUGAUGAACGAGGUAGCGGCAUUGCUGUGAAUGUGGAAGCUAUGGCACGUAGAAAAGAGACGCCUUUGAAUGCCAUCGAAGAACAUAACAAGAAUACAUCGUGCGCUAGUCUCAGAAUCGAUAACUGUACAACAUUCGUAAACUCAAGCCUUCGCCAACCAUCCCUCGAAGCAGGUCAGGCGACCACUUCAUCAGCCGGCCCUUCGACCAGCUCCGCUACUCAACCAGCAGCCACCGAACAACCGUCGCAUUCGCACUUGUACCAAUUACGCGAACACGACAAUGGAACUUACUCGCUGGGCACAGUAGAUCAUCCGGUGCUAUUGAGCAUACCGUACAAUCAAACGUUCGUAAACAGCGCCUACCCUAGUCUGCGUUUCAAUCCGCUGGCCAGGUUACGAAUGCCUUCUCACGCACCAGUUCCUGGAUCUCAGCCCGAGUUACAUCUGGAUUUGGCGCCUAUCAUGCCUCGUAGAUUCGACUACAUUGACGCGAUCGAAGUACCGGACGACGAGAAGCAAAAAAGACGUUAUUAUAAGUUCAGACUGUUCCCUUUCUCGUACGUGAAAAUAUACUUCGAUCGAUUAUCCUUGGACGCUUUGCUCGAUUACAACGAAACGUACUGCGAGACUCUGCUGUGCAUCAUGUUAGCCGUAAUGGUGUCCUUGUUGGGUGCUGUGAUGCUGCAUAUGAAAUACUAUCACGAUAUACCGGCGUUUAUAUUUUGCUUCGUGAUCGCAACGUCGCAUUAUUCUUUACUAAAGAGCGUCCAGCCCGACGCCGCUUCGCCCGUUCACGGUUUCAAUAAAGUUGUAGCGUUUAGUAGGCCUGUCUACUUCGUGUUUUGUUGCUCGUUAAUCAUCGGAUUGAAUCAUCUGCUUCAGAGUAAUAUCAGCUGGUCGAGUUUCAGCAUUUACGAAGUGGAAUUCCAUAUGCACGAUGCGGUCAAAUCAACGCAUGAUUUUUUAUGCACCUUUAUAUUAUUCUUCCCGGUAUUCUUCACUUUAGGAAUGUUCCCGCAAAUUAACACCUUCCUCAUGUACGUUUUCGAACAAAUCGACAUGCACGUGUUCGGCGGCAGCGCGGUUACAUCGUUGAAGGCAGCAUCGUACUGUGUGUUUCGUAGCGUUCUAGCUGUCCUGUUAUUGUUCGGGUUCGCGUAUGGGGCUCUGAGUGAGCCUAAAUCCUCGCAGCACAUAUUGUUCUCGAUAUUCAUCUCUUUACUAGUGAUGUUCGCGUAUCACUUGAGCAGAUGUACCUGUGAUCCGGCUCCUAUUUGGAAUAUACUCGUGAAACAGUUCUGGCCUAUUGAUGAGAUCGCCAAAGAGACUAAAGAGUUGCGAAAGUAUAAAGAAAAGAAAGCCAGAGAAGAUGCCAAAAAUAAAAAAGCAACCGGAGCGCAGACCAAGGAGUCGAAAGACGAACAAGGUGCUAAAAAAGAACACGUGGAAGAGAUCACGGUAGGACAUCAGGAUGGUCCGAGGUCUGGAAAUGUUAAAAAGAGAAAUUUAUUGGAAGACGAUAACGAUGAUUUAGACGAUCCUUUGCCGGCUCACGUGCAGAAGGUUGUAAAUGCUCGUUUACAAUCUGAUUUGAUUACCUCUUGCAUCGCCUGCGUGUUGAUAUUUUCAAUUCAUCGAAGUACCAUAUUUACCAAUCUUCAGCCAGAGUUGAAUCCUAUAAUGUGGGGUGUAGCAUGCUUAAUUGGUUUCCUACUUCAUUACAUCAUGCCUCAAUUACGAAAACAACUACCCUGGUUAUGUAUCGCCAGACCGGUUUUGAGAUCCAUCGAACACGAAUUAUUCGAAGCUCAAGCUCCUGCCACAGUUACCUGGUUUGAAAAAGUGUACAUGUUCCUGGGAUUCGUUGAAAAGAACAUCAUCUAUCCGGUCAUGUUUAUUGGUUGUUUGACGUCUGAGGCUCCUCGUCUCGCGAGCAGAUUGGGACCUUUGGCUAGUUCGUUGAUACUGACGGUGUGCAGCUUGAAAUGCCUCAGGCUUAGUUUUUCUCAUCCGUCUUGUCAAUACUUAAUCCUCGCGUUUUCUGUAUUAUUUUUCCGAAUGGAAUGGAUGUCAGAGGCAUUCGUCGUCGAUUAUUUCCUGAUCUCAAUUGUUUAUUAUAAACUGUAUGAUCUCUUGUUGAAGAUUCAAUUCGUUUUAACCUACAUCGCUCCGUGGCAAAUAACAUGGGGUUCUGCUUUUCACGCCUUCGCUCAACCAUUCUCAUUACCACAUUCGGCUAUGAUGUUCGCUCAAGCUGUGCUAUCCGCCUUCCUAUCAUCGCCUCUGUACCCAUUUCUAGGCAGCGCCAUAUUUCUAACAUCUUACCCUCGUCCGGUGAAAUUCUGGGAACGAGAUUAUAACACGAGACGAGUAGACCAUUCGAAUACGAAAAUGGCUUCUCAUCUAGAGAGAAAUCUAGGAGCAGAUGAUAAUAAUUUGAAUUCUAUAUUUUACGAACAUUUAACACGGUCUUUACAAAGAUCUUUAUGCGGCGAUUUGCUUAUGGGUCGUUGGGGUGAAGUAUCAGCAGGCGAUUGCUUCAUUUUAGCUUCGGAUUAUUUGAAUUGUCUCAUUCAUAUUGUCGAAUUAGGCAAUGGAUUAGUCACAUUUCAAAUGAGAGGUUUAGAAUUUCGUGGCACGUAUUGUCAACAAAGAGAAGUCGAAGCUAUUACCGACGGAGUCGAAGAAAAUGAUGGAUGUUGUUGCUGUAAACCUGGCCAUCUUCCUUUUAUGUUAUCGCUAAAUGCGGCUUUCAGUCAAAGAUGGUUGGCUUGGGAAGUGACUACAGGAAAGUACAUCUUGGAAGGAUACAGUAUAUCGGAUAAUUCAGCAGCCUCCAUGCUGCAAGUGUUCGAUUUCAGGAAAAUGUUAAUCUCCUAUUACGUCAAGAGUAUUAUUUAUUACGCGGUGAUGUCGCCGAAACUGGAAGAAUGGAUUAAUUCGCCCGGUAUAAAAGAAGCUCUGCAAACGAUCAAAGAUAAGGCAUUCGUCGAUUUAGAUCCUGUAUUUAAUAUGAAUAUCGACGAAGAUUACGAUUAUCGGUAUUCUGGUAUAACGAAGAACAGCUUUUGCAGCGUGUACGUGAAUUGGAUCAGAUAUUGUAAUAGCAGAAGAGAAAAGCCGAUUGCGGAUGUUGGAAAAGAUUCGUCAUUAGUUACCCUAUGUUUCGCUCUUAGUCUGCUGGGUAGAAGAACUUUGGGCACAGCUUCGCAUAAUACUGCUGCCAGCGUCGAGUUCUUUUUAUACGGAGUUCAUACCUUAUUCAAGGGUGAUUUCAGAAUCGCAUCUGUUCGAGACGAAUGGGUGUUCUCGGAUAUGGAAUUAUUACGUAAAGUUGUCGCUCCUGCUAUCAGAAUGUCGUUAAAAUUACAUCAAGAUCAUUUUAUGUCUCCCGAUGAAUACGAAUGUUCGCCAGCGUUAUUUUCGGCCAUAUCCUCGCAUCAAGAAAAUUUGGUCAUUUCUCACGAAGGCGAUCCGGUUUGGAGAAAAGCUGUACUUUCUGGAAUGCCAUCGUUGUUAGCUCUGAGGAGAGUUAUCGAAGAAGGAUCAGAUGAUUAUAAAAUUAUCAUGCUGAAUAAACGGUUCCUGAGCUUCAGAGUUAUCAAAAUGAAUCGUGAAUGUGUUCGAGGUCUUUGGGCUGGUCAACAACAAGAGUUGAUUUUUUUGAGAAAUUUAAAUUCCGAACGAGGAAGUAUCCAGAAUGCAAAACAGGCUUUACGUAAUAUUAUAAAUUCAUCGUGCGACCAACCGAUCGGAUACCCUAUUUUUGUCUCACCGCUUACCACAAGUUACGCCGAAACAAAUGCUCAGUUUACCAAUUACUUCGGAGGUCCCGUCAGUAUCAAAUCAAUCAAGAAUUUCGUAUUUAAUUUCUGUCGAAGAGUGAGAAAACGAUGCGUUGAAGGCUGCUCCAGCGGUAGCUCAGCUCAUUCUCAAGAUGAUGGAGGCUUCGGACAUGAGGGUGUUUACUCGAUGACCACGUUCAACGUCCAUUCCGGCAGUCACCAAUCAAUGGAGACUUCGCUGACUGGUAGCGGUGGUACAAUAACCAGAGUAAGUGCGCCGAGCAGUCUGAAUAGAUCGGCUCCAUCUCCAGCUGGUCCUUCGAAACCAGGUUUAGUUACUUUGGCCGGAUUACUCUCACCUCCCGGUAAUCCAAUACCGGAAAAUAUUAAAAUAGCUGAACGUAAACCAGUCGAAAAAGAAGACGAUGAGAAGGAACCUAUUUUACAUAGAGUCAAGAUCAUUGAUCCUGGUCAGGUUCACGAUGGUAUCAAUCAAGGUCGUUUGAUCGACGUAAUUUGGCCCGAUGAAGUUAUGAGGCAAAGAGGAGGUAGAAAUUUCUGGAAGGAUUGGGUCCCUGAAGCUGGCAUGGAAGGACAAGUCGUUCAUCGAUGGAUACCAAACCAUCCGAAUCCGAAUAAAAGAUCUACCUUCGAUCGGACCAUACUUUUGGUUAAAAUCGAAGAUAAAUACGUUCCGAUUUCGGAAAACGGCGUACAAGAUUUAGGAGCCGAAGUUUAACCUAACCAUUGGUUACCAAAGAUGAAGUAAAUGUGAUUUAAAACCCGCGUGUGUGUGAUGUAGAUACCUACUCAUGCACAUCGUAUAAAUAAUAAUAUAAGGUAAUCGUAUCAACGAAUUUACAGACUGCGUGUAGCGUUUAUAGCAAUUUUACUAUAAUGGCCAAAAAGGCAGCUUUUUACACAUUUACGAGUACAACGAAAAUAUAGUGCUUCCGCUUGAGUAAAAGAAAAAAAAAAAAGGUGGCCGGCUGUGCGCUAUUUUCCAUUUACAUAUUUAAAAGCUGACUGAUUUGGCAAGUAACAUUUUAUCAUAACGAUUCUUAUUUUGUGUUUUUUUUUAUGAUUAUUAUCCCAAUACUUAAAAUUCUCGGUUGAAUUUUUGCUACUGUUUCGUGUUCUAUCGGAUUUGUGCACCUGUUUAUGCGUUAUAGUAUUACUACAUAUGCUGGUUGUAUAAGUAUUUGUUUCGUUGUUUUGAUUUAUCGGUUCCAAGACGUACCUAAAAUCGAUAGCGGUGUUCAUAUAAUAUAUUUAAAAAAAAAAAAAAUAUUUUGCAUGUUUCGUGUAAAUGCGCAUUUAUAUAAGGCUUGAUUUUUAUUCAUUAUUCGAUGGGUGUGUAUUUUUGUGUAUCGAAGGUAUUUUAAUUUUUUUAUACGAAUUAGUUUAAUUUUAUUAUUUUUAGGUAAUUUUUUUGUGAUAGUAGAUGAACAAAAGGAAAAAAACUAAAAGCUUUCUUUCGUAUUAUACCUACUUUAUUACGAAUAUUUAUCUUCCAAAAAGGAAAAAAAAACCACCAAGUUUCCAAAAAAAAAAACACAGUUGAUAGUUUUUAAAAUUUUAAGUUAUCGUAUUUAACCGCAUUAUUUACUGUGAUGUUGAAAAUUACACUGUCGAAAUUUAUUUUUUAAUUCUCGCGUAAAAAACACUAUUAAGUACAUUAUAUUAUAUUGUAUUUCUCUCACGCUAAUUUUGUUCAUCGAUUAAAAAAGAAAUUCUCGAUUACCAAGGAAUUUUUGAAAAAACAUGUAUUACUCAACGAGUGUAUAUAAUAUAAAUUUAUUGAAAAAAAAUUAAUUACGUAUUUGUGUAUGUAUAAUAUUUAUUCGAAAUGAAUUAUACAUGUUUCCUGAUUAUAAUUUUAAUCAUUUAGAAUUUAGAGGCUGUGCAAUUUUUAAUUACCUUUUCUAUAUAGUUUGUUCAUAUUAUUGUAAUUUUGUUUGUUUAUGUUUGUUUGUUUUAAGACCUGUAUUCGUACGCGAUCGAUGUAUAUCAAUUUUUAUUGUUUUUCGUCUUGUAAAUACAUUGGAAUUUUGGCGUUUUUUUUUCUCUCUCUCUCUAUGUGUCUAUGUCUUUUAUUAUUCGGUGUUGAAUACGAUUGUUGUUUUAUUUAUUAAAUAAAUAUGCAAUGUACACGA